AUUCAGAGAGCAGUUGGCAACGGACUAUCGUCUAUGUCGGAUGCAAAAUUAUACGCGUGGACAAACAGUGCAGCAUUAAACACAGAUACACACACACACACACACAUAUGUACAUACAUCUGUGCGCAUAUGGAGUCCAAAGUUAACGCUUUUGAGACGCCUCCAAGUGGCAUUCUGUGUUGAGUCGCGUGUGGCUAGAGUUCACUCUGCUUGUUACAUUUGACCCGAAUUCUUUUGGGGUUUCGAAAAGUCGUCUAAUUUCGCAGAGGUUUUUAUAUAAGAGGGAGAGGCGAGCAUUAUUUUUAAUUUAGCUGUUGAUAUUAUGCAUAAAGCGGAAAAUCAAAGAGAAAGCAAACAUCAAAACGGAACACCGAAGCCGGGAGAGUGAUCCGAGUGAUACGAGUGAGUGACUGUAGCCGAUCGCUGUGCGGCCUGGUUCUAACAUCUUUGUCGGGGCGAGAGAUUUCAAAAAUUCCGUAUUGUGUGUGGAUACAUAUCUGAAUAGAUAGAUAUAUAUGUACAUUCAUACAGAGAGCGUGUUCGGAGAUUAUUGUUUGGUGAAUUUCCACUACCACAAUUGCAGCAGCAGCCGCCGUCCGUCCCACCCAAUCACGAAACGUUUACAAAGUGCUUGGCCUGGCCCCGGCCCUACCAGACCCCACCAGGAAGUAAAACGCAGCAAACUGAACAAUUCAUCUCGUAAUUUACUUUGUCUGCUGCAGACAGAAAGAACGGACAACGGACAGCGGACAACGCACAUAAAUACGGACAUAAAGGAGGAAUUCAACAGAUAUAUAAAUGGUUUCCUUUGGCGCUGUUGCUGCUGCUGCUGUCGCUAUAAAUAUUUACAAAAUGUAAAUAUGUAUCUAGAUACAUGAGAGUACAUGCCACUGCAGAUACACAUACAUAUGUACAUAAAUAUAUGCGUGCACGGGAACCGCUUUUAUUGUCUUUUUGUGGCUAAAGCUUCGAAACGCUAGAAUUCAAAUUGAAUCACGAAUCAGGAAUAAUCCAAGCAGCAAGUGAUGUGAACUGAGAACACUUCUAGCUUGAGACAAUUUUUUCAAACCAAAAAGAGCUCAAAAUGUCAAAGAAACCACGCGGAAAUAUACACAAGAUCAGGGAAUUUGAGUUGGAGAAGAUCCAGCUUGUGGAUGAGUUUGAUAUAAUACAAAUUGUGGGUGAAGGAUGGUUCGGCAAGAUAUUGCUGGUGGAGCAUCGCGGAUCCCAGACAGAAAUGGUACUCAAGGCAGUGCCCAAGCCAUAUGUGACGCUGCGUGACUUUUAUCGAGAGUUUCACUACGGACUCCAUUUGGGCGUGCAUCGGCAUAUUGUGACCACCUAUGAUGUGGCAUUCGAGACGGCUGGAUUUUAUGUAUUCACACAGGAAUAUGCGCCGCUAGGGGAUCUCACAUCGAAUGUGACGGAUACGGGCGUGGGCGAGGUGUACAGCAAGCGCGUGGCCAAGCAGUUGGCCUCCGCCAUAGACUACAUGCAUUCAAAAGACAUAGUGCAUCGGGACAUCAAGUUGGAUAAUGUGCUCAUCUAUCGAGCGGACUUUCAACGCAUUAAAUUGUGCGAUUUCGGAGAGUCCUUUCCGACGGGCGCCAGCGUGGAGCGGCGGAACGAGUGGCUGCCCUACAGUCCCCCAGAAGUAUUAGAAAUCAAGCCAGAAGGCAGCUACAAAGCCGAUCCCAGCCAUGAUGUUUGGCAGUUUGGAAUUGUGAUCUUUGUGUGCCUCACCGGGUGUCUGCCCUGGCAGAAGGCUGCCUCGGAUGAUCCCCGCUAUGUGCGUUACUUGGCCUGGCAGGGUGGCCUCAUGAUGAUGCCACUGCGACGCACGCCUCGACUCUUCAAGCUGCUCACCUCCAAUGCCCAGCGCAUGUUCAAGCGGUUCUUUGCGCGAAUGUCGAACCGCCCCAAGAGUCUGGCGGAUGUCACAAAGUUCCUCGACGAUCGCUGGCUGGCCAAGACGGCCAAGAAGGACAUGGCCGAGUACGAGACGGAUGAGCUGUGCCCAUCCAUGUACUCCUUUCACAGCAGCCCCGAUGAGAAGAAUCGACUGCUCUACACAUUGGCCGACUGUGGGCUUGAGACGAAUGUCGAUCGUCAGCAGAAGAAGAAUCGCAUCAAAGACUGGAUAGAGUCGUCCAUCAUCACCGAAGAGGAUGAGGAGGAGAACGAAGAGACAAACUCGGCAUCGCCCUCGUCUUCAGUCUCCCGCGAGCCGCUGCCUGGACACAUCUCCUCGCUGCGCAAACAGACGCAGGAACCGAGCCCCAAGGAGGUCAAGAGCACCUUGAAGGACGCCACACAGAAGCACUUUGAUCCGCGCACGGGGGCCCUGCAGCAGGGUCCCAGCGAAAUGGGCCAAGUGGCCAUGCAAUAUUCCAAGUCCGCCAGUCCCUCCAACUACAGCACGGCCUCCACGCUGAACAAUGCCGACAGCCUGCUGACACUGGGCUCCCGGCAGGAUCUGCUGGCCAGCAACCUGACCAUGUACACCUCCAUGGAGACGGAGCUGAAUCGAUUAGGUGAGGCUGAUCCGAGAAUACCGCGCAGCGAUGGCUUCCUCAACCGCACGCAGAGCAGCGGCCUCCUGCUAACCACAUUCGAUGUGAACGCGUCGCCGGCCCUUCCGGCGAAUAACAAUCGUCCACCUCCCGCAGCCAAGAACUCCAUCGCCGUUGGCACACGCAGCUCGAGCAGGAGCAUUCUAAAGUCCUCCAUUGCCACCGCUGCUUAUCCCGCUUUCGGCAGCAAUAACCAGAGCAGUAGCCUGCAGCAGCUGACCCAGCAUUUCCAGACCACCGCCUAUGCCCCCAAUGACAGUUCCUUCUUCAGGCGAUGACUCCCGCUGGCUCCUUGCCCUACUAAUCGCCAAUCCAAAUCAUCCUUGCCAAACUUUCAGUGCCAGUUUUCUAAUGUUCCAUAUGCUUCUCAAGUUAAAGACAGUGCCUACGGCUCGGCCGACGUGAGUGAGAUGAGCAGGAGCCCCAGAAAUCCUCAGCAUCAGCGUUUGGACAGCGACACCCACAUGAAAGACACGGCCUACGAUCGCGCUGCCAUCACCAGCAGCAGC